AUGCCCAAGUCGAGACGCUCAAAGGUCGUCCACAUGACCCAGGUCGACAAGAAGACCAAGGAUCAAAAGGAGCAGCUCUUCCAAAAUAUCCGCGAUGCCAUUCCCGAAUACCAGCACUGCUUCGUCUUCGGGGUCGACAACAUGCGCAACAAUCACCUCAAGGAUGUCCGUCGUGAACUGUCAGACAGUCGCCUCUUCUUCGGCAAGACCAAGCUCAUGGCCCGCGCGCUCGGACAGAACCCGGACGACUCUGCCGCCCCCGGAAUCGAGGGUCUGUCCCGCUACCUGGCCGGCAACGUCGGUCUCCUCCUGACCAACCGCCCUGCCCAGGAGAUCCUCGACUACUUCGACACCUUCACCCCCGUCGACUUCGCCCGCGCCGGCGUCCCCGCCACCCGCGACUUCUCCAUCCCCAGCGGCGUCGUCUACUCCACUGCCGGAGAGGUCCCCGUCGAGCACGACGUCCCCCUCGAGCACUCCAUCGAGCCCGAGCUCCGCCGCCUCGGCGUCCCCACCCGCAUGGUCCGCGGCAAGAUCGUCCUCGGCGAGGAGAGCGGCGAGGGCGACGGAUACACCGUCUGCAAGGAGGGCGAAAUCCUCGACUCGAGGCAGACGAGGCUCCUCAAGCUUUUUUCCGUCUGCCUGAGUGAAUUCAAGGUUCAGGUCAUCUCCUACUGGACUUCCGAGACUGGAGAAGUAACAGAGGUCAACCCCGACGCUAUGCAGGCCGAUUGA